CUGUUGUGGUCGCCAUUUCUAUGAAUUCCCGAACAACUGGGAAAUAGGAAAUUACGUUAGGUAUAAAAAUAAGGUAUAUACCUUAAGUACAGCUUAAUGGAUAAAAUCAUCGUUUGGAAGUUGUCUGAUUCUUGAAUAUUUGGACCAGUGAGAAAAUUUUAGGUGAGCAUUCGGAUUGUUUUAAUUUUAGGUGUAGUCAUUUAGACUUAGACUCCCUUGGGAGUUUCACUUAUUAUUAUUAUAAUUAUAAUUUUACAACUCAUAAUUCACCUACUUAGUUUUCUCAUUUACUGACAUACUAUGUCAUAGUUCAUAGCCAUAGUUUAUAGUUAUAGUCUAAGUCUAAGUUACUAAGUCUAAGACUCUAAGACAUAGUUCGUAAAGUUCGGUAUAGACAAAGCAAAGGGCAAAGAAAGGGACCAUCCAUAAAUGAUAAAUGUAUUAUUAUAUUAUAGUUAUAGUAUUUAUAGCUAAGUUUAAGUAUUAAAAUUAAUAUUAACAUAUCAAUUAAAAUAAAAUUGUCUAUGCCCACCUAUAUUUUUUGCCUAUUUAUAUUUAGUUAGGCUUAGGCGAUUAACCAUUCCCCCCCCCCCCCCCCCCCNCCCCCCCCCCCGCCAAAUUAGGCGAAGAACAGACCCCUCCCUCGUCCAUCCGAAACGUCAUCACUUUUUAAAUUUAAAUUUUUUAUACAAAUUUUUCACAAAUGUCUCAAAUGUGACACUCCCCCCCCCCCACCCACUGGUGCAUCACAAUGAAUUACAUCAUUUCUUGAAGUUUAUUGUCCUUUAUUAUACUUUAUAAAACUUUAUAGUAUAGUAAAUGAGCAGUUAUCGGUAUGGGCAUGGGUUUUCCAAAAGUUGUCUCACCCUAAGCACAGUGAUGUCAAUUUGGGGAAUCCCAACAUUGGACUUAGGGUGCCUGGACGAACAAAUGGACCUUAACGAUGAGAAUGAUAACUUUCCCGUUCUUCACUGAGCAUUAUUCACACACAAUGCACAAUCUGAUAAUCCAUAGAGUUAAAAUGAAAUUUUCCAUUUGGUUAGUCUAGUACUAAAAGUCAACUUACAAGAUUCAAAAGAAAUAAAAGAGUUUACCCUGAUAACCCAAGAUGAACACUGGAAAAAAAGACGUGCACAUGGUUUAAAGUGGUUGAAAAUGAAGUACCUAUAUGCUAUUCAUUUCUAUGACAUCACAAUUUAACGGGAAAUUUCAACAUAAUUUCUGGGGAAGGGAGAACCCCUUGCCCUUUUUUCAAGAUGAUAAUUACGAAAUGAGAAACAAACAAAAAAUCGAAUACUGAGCUAAAUUUCAAAAUCAAAAUGGAGCUAUGGCUGGUAGUUGACCUGGGGAAACUCCAUGAACUAUAGGCCUACUAUAUACCUUGGAAGACAUGGCCAGUCUUGCCAGGACUUCAUUUUAGCGAGCAUGACCCUGCCUAGUUAGACUCACUUAUUUAUGCUUAAAGUUUUAUUAGUUAUUUUGUAUCAAAGCCAUAAUGAAACUUAAAUUGUCAUUAAGUAAACAAUUUAACUAUUAAGUUUAAAUUAGGAUAGAAAUAGAAGGGCCUUUAACUUUUGAUUUUAACAUUAUUAUUGGGUGAAAAAUAUUAAAUUUGCCUGUUUUAAUUUAUAAAAAUAUAGUAGUUAAUUUAGUAAUAAACCAUUCAUAUUGAUAAUAAUUUUUAAUGAUAUUGAAUUUGAUUAUUAGUCAGUAUUUAAUGUUAAAAAAACACAUUAAGUUUAAAGAUUUCAAUCAUCUUUCUAGCUUUAACUCAAGUGGCUCAAAAGUUAGUGACUUAGAGUACCAUAAUUUAAUACUAUGGGGGGGGGCUUGCUAGCCACCACGUCAAAUAAUAAUAUUGUGGCCCUUAAAUGCCUGAGUUAUCACUUAAUAUUCAAAUAAUCUUAUUGAUUCUUCAUUCACUUGACAAAGAAUUGAUAAUAAACAAUGCUUCUGUUUGCUGUCUAUGGCUUGACAUGUAAAAGUUCUGGGGUGGGUGGUGUGAAUAUACAUUUAUUUUGUUGUUAUGCAGAUGUUUUUUAAUUAAAUAAAUGUAUGUUUUUUUUUUAAUGUCACGAUUAUGUUUGCUAAUAUUUUUAUGUACGAAGCAGUGAGCCCAGCCCUAGGCUGUGGUACUGCGACAUAUAAGACCACUAAUAAUAAUAAUAAUAAUAAUAAUUGAGAGAAAUGAUAAAAUAUCAAUUAGUUUAGACUAAACUAAAAUUUAGUGUUAUUCUGUUUUUAGCAAUUGAAUAUGUGCUUUAAGACUUGAUAAAAACCGUAUAUACUCGCAUAUAAGCCUACAUCGCAUAUAAGCCGACCCCCUAAAACUGCUUUAAAAUGGCCAGUUUUUGCAAAAACCCACAUAUAAGCCGACCAUACAAUUGUCUAAUUUUACUCCAUAUUUUUGGUUCAUAGAAAUUUCUUACUCUAAAGAUGUAAAAUGCUUACUUUUAUGUUAAAUACCAGUUUGUUUACCUUUUGGAAUGACACAAAAACGACUUCAGCUCUUUCCACAUUGUUUGCUAUAAGACUAUCUGAACUUCCGCUCAUAAGUUGUUCACAACUAAUGAUUAACGAAGUAUAUAUUUAGAAAUUUUUUUUUGAAAAUUGGCAUUAGUGUCUGUCCUUGUGUCCAUUUUGUUUUAUGCACAUAUAAGCCGCCCCCCUGAUUUCAGUAUUGUAUUUUAUAGUUCUAAAUUCGGCUUAUGUGCAAGUAUAUACGGUAUGUCCUUACAGCAUUUAGUGGGUGUUUUAAAAAAAUAUCUUUUCAUAUAAGGUGUAAUAAUUAGUAAUAAGGUGUAAUCACAUGUUGCCCGCUAACGGUUUACUUACUAUCAAAGUGGCUUGCGAAGCCUUUUGGGUUGGCCACCUCUGCAGUAUCCUAUACUAAUUUUAGACUAGAAAGAUAAGACUUAAGCCUAUUUAUUAAUAACUUAUAAGAUUUUAACUUACUUAUAGUUAUAGUUAGGCCUUACUAUUUUUAGGCCUGUAUGCUAGGCAUCUUAUCUUAGGCUAGUGCUGGACUAGAAGCAGAUCUGAAAAUUAAUUUUUUCAAAUCAUUAAAUGUAUUCCAGAUUGAGUUGAAAUUAGGGACUUUUCAUAAAAUAUAUUCCAAUAAAAAUCUUUUGCUAAAGGCAUGUUCAGGUGUAACAAUAAUUCCUGGCACUAUUUGGACUGAAUAACUUAAGGGACCUGGUUUGUAGGCCAAUGCUACAUUCUCCAGUGUAAGGGUAAGUAAUGAUUUAUUGUUACUUUAGAGUGCGGUAACUGUGUAGAUUAUUUAGGUGAUCACCUAGGAAAUUAAACAAGAUUGUUUAACAUUAAAAAAAAAGAACAAAAUUGAAACACAUAUUAGUAUUAUCCUUUAAUGAAAAUUAAUGUAUGGUUUACAAAGUUAAAUAAUGAUGCAUUAUGAUAAAUAAAACAUUUGAAAUACAGUUUUCAGGUUAAGCAAAAAUGGAUCAAGUAGACGCAUUACGUGGGGCAUCAACAAUAGCAGAGCCAAACAGGUAUUUCUCACAUUAAUUUUCAGUGAAGAAUUGUCUUAAAGGUGAUUAAUUAGGGCAGUUCAGAUGAUUUUUUGGCCUCAAAUAAAUCCAAAUUUUGGGCCCCCACAAAUUUCAAAAUUAUUGUAAAAAAUUUUUUUAAACAUUUUUAACUUUAAUUUUCUUCUUCUAUAGCACAUAUUUAGCAAAGCCACAGAUGAAGCGGUCAGAUUGGGAAUCAGAGGUGUACAGCUUGGAUUAUCCAAAUCUGGGCACAGCCGUUAUCAUAAGCAAUGAGAAAUUUGAAAGAGGGACAGGACUGAACAGGCGAAUUGGAACAAACGUGGAUGCUGACACCAUGUAUGAACUUUUGAACACGAUUGGAUUUGAGAAAAUCAUACAGCUCAAAGAUUUAACCGUCACACAAAUGAAAAAUGAACUGCAGAGAGGUGAAAAAUAAAUUAAAUAAUUUUGACACGUGAACGAUUUUUUAUUAAAAAAAAUUGGAAUCAUUUAUUCAAAAUUACACUUAUAAGAUUCUAAAAUGUCACAUUUAAGCCUAUAUAAUUCUAAAUAUUAUUCUAAAUAUAAUUAACCCACACAUUGUUAUUAGCAUUUAAUUUGGAUGAAUUAAUCAAAUUUUUUAGUUGCCAAGCUGGACUACUCUAAGACCAGCUGCUUUGUGUGCAUCUUGCUGUCCCAUGGAGAGGAGGGUUACAUAUUUGGUACAGAUGGGAAGGUCUCAAUUGAGGACCUCGUCCUCCCUCUCAAAGGAAACAACUGUCCGGGUUUAGUUGGCAAGCCAAAGAUUUUUUUUGUACAGGUACAUUUUUUAUUUUACAUAUGAGCUAUGAAAAAUGUUUCGAAUCACAACUUGACUUUGCCGCCAUCUUGCUGACUGUAACAGAAUUACUCUAUGUAAAUGCCAGAAAUAUUAACUAUUGUAUUUGGAGAUACAUUUUUUCUGACAUUUGUAGCUAGCCUUUGGACAAUGGUCAACCCAUUCACUAUCUACAAGACCUGCAUGUAGCUAUGUUCUUUUCUUCUGUUUUGGUUUCAGAGGUAUCUCAGUUGUUGGUUCCCAUAAAGUGAUAAAGUUGUACGACAAUUCACAUAUCACAUCAUGGGUCAGCUCUCUGCCCUCUAUCACUUCUGUUAACAGUAGAUUUGGAUAUUGCUUGUCAUGAACAAAUUCAGGGGAAAAAAUCUGAUAACUUGGAAUUACAAAUAGACCCUAGAAUAUGGAAUUACAAAUUUGUUUUCUUCUAUUAAGUUAUAGCUAAUACAUUAGACCAGUGGUCGGCAAACUCAUUAGUCAAACAAGCCAAAAAUGAGCAGCAGGAUGAUUAAAAAAUGUUAUAAGCCACAUUUCUUUUAAAGAAACUGUUAAGAACCAUGUUUUUUAGAGUGAAAACCGAUUUGUGGCCGACUGGCCGAGCCGCACUCAGGUCGUUAAAGAGCUGCAUGCGGCCCGCAAGCUGCGAUUUGCCGACCACUGCAAUAGACCUUAUAAAAUUUAUUGGAAAAAGUUUCUGUUAACAAUCCUUGAGACUGACAAACCAUACAAAUUAUCUUGGGGAAAAAAAUAUUGAAUUUGAAAUAGAUUUUUUAAACGAAUUUGAUGACUUUAUUUAUUUUGAUACUGUGGGUCAGAUUAUGUCCCGGACCAGAAUUAGACUCAACAUACUACUGAUUAUGAUUAAGUCAUUGUAAAAGAAAUAUUUUCAAAUGAAGAAGGAGAAUUAUGAAGAUUCUCCCAGUUACUUAAUGUCAACAGGCUUGCAAAGGGGACAUGCUUGAUGAGGGGGAGGAGGUGGCUGAUGCCGGUGAAAUGGAUGUAGAAGAGGAAGCAGAAACACUUGGAAGAAUCCCAACAGAGGCAGAUUUCCUUACGGUUUACUCAACUAUUCCAGGUGAUUGUAUUACAUAACUGUGGGAAACAGUAGGUCUUUUUCUCAAAAAGACCAUGGAAUGCAUGCAUGAAACGUUUACUGUAAUACUUUUUCACAAAUAGACCCUAGAAUAUGUGUGUGAAACAUUUACUGUAAUACUUUUUCUCAAAGAUACCAAUCAACACAUAUGUGAAACAUUUAUUGUAACACUUUUUCUGUAAGAGACCAUCAUAAAUAUGAAUGCAUCAUUUACUGUAAUACAUUUUCCCAAAUGGACCACAUUAAUUUUUUGAGAAAUAUAUUAUAUAGAGUACUUUGCUGUAUUUUGUAGGCUCCCUUGCUUGGAAAACCUCUGUAAGAGGUUCAUGGUUCAUCCAAGCUGUCAGUGACGUUUUUAAUGAACACUGGACCACUAUGGACAUCCUCACGAUGAUGACACAUGUCAACAGAAAAGUUGCAAGGGACACGGAAAGUGUCGGCAGAAAGCAAAUCCCUUGUAUAACAUCAAUGUUGACCAAAGAUUUCUUCUUUAGAACAAAUUAAUGUGGAAUUGAUACCCAUAAAAUGCAAUUUUGAAAUGUGCUAAUUAUUAUUUAUCUACGAAAUAUAACAUGGGUAUGAUUCUGAAAGCAUGUUUGCCUUACUUAAGCAUUAUAAUGUAGUAAAUAUAAAAUUAGUCCGAUCAUAUUAAAUCACUUGGACUUACCAGUAGGGUAUCUGGUGAUUUAAUUGUGAUCUUACAAAGUUUCAGGUAACUGAUUUUAAUUGUUCAAAUUGGACAAAGUGAGUUUAAAAUACAUGUCAACUUCUAAAACAGGCUCAGCUAAUCAGCAGGCCUCAUGGGGCCCACCACAUUAAUUUUUGUGGCCUACUGAAUGUGUCUGAAAAUAAAAUUCUUCUUUCUUCAUUCAAUUAUCAAAGCAAUAGAUUUUUAAAAAGCUAAAAGAGAGAAGAUAUAAAACAAUGAUCACAAUAUUUUAAUUUUCUUUGUUAUUUUAUUUUUCAUAGUGUGCAUUAAUAAUAAAUAAAUAAUUAUAUCCAAAAAUUAUUUGGUGUUGCAUAAAAUAAUAGGUGUAACCAAUAGCAUAAGAAAAAGAGGUAUGCAGUUGGGGAGUGGGGGGGGGGGAGGUUUACAACCAAGGGCAGCACUUUUUUUUUGGCCAAUUGCAUGCAGAGUAUUUUUAAUUGAAGGGGCAUGGCUAUGAGCUGUACUAAAACUCUAGCUAAACCACUACGUGUAAUGAAAUGUGGCCUUCAAAACAUAAACUCACAAUUAAAAUGACCCAUUAUGCCGUUUGGUUUGGCCACCCUUGUUUUAAAUGAUGUCAUUUUAUUUGGCCAUUUCUGUUGUGAUUAUAUUAUUUUAUUUGCCCGCCCUUGUUCUAAAUCAGUGGUUCUCAACCUUUCUAGUGCCGCGACCCCUUUAUACUGUUUCUCGUGUCGUGGCGACCCCCCAAGCCACACAAUUAUUUUCGUUGCUACUUCAUAGCUGUAAGGAUAUAUGUUUUCAGAUGGUCUUAGGCGACCCCUGGAAAAGGGUACCGCAACCCCAAAGGGGUCACGACCCCCAGGUUGAGAACCGCUGUUCUAAAUGAUAUCAUUUGGUUUGGCCACCUCUGUUCUAAAUGAUUUAAAAUUUUCAAUCCAUGUUUGUAUUUUUAAGAUUUUAGCCAAGUACCCCAUGCCUACAAUUUUGUAAAACUUGCUUCAAUUUAUUAUUGGAUAACUAAAAUAAAAUUAUUUUUACAGCCUGUGUGGUUUUUGAGAAUUGGUGCAUUUUUCAGCAAUCAAAAAUAACUUUUAUUAAUUCAUCAACUGGCUCAACAUUAAUAAUAAUAUAUUCUUGUUUAAAAAAAAUCUUUAUCAUUAUGUAAAUGCUGUUAUGUUAUGAUUGUGUCAGUUAGGUCUUUUUUUUUGUUGUUGUGUCAGUUAGGAAUUUUUUUUAUUGUGUCUGUUAGGACUUUUUUAGUUUUAUUGUUUUAAUGCUUUUGGCUUAAAAAAUGGACUGAAAGGAAAAGUUUUAAAAUGUGUUCAUGUAAAUUUAAAUAUCUCUGUCUACUUCAGCUAUAAGUAGGAAUUUGUAAACUCAAUGGAGGACUCCUCUAUAAAAAUAGUGACUAUAAGAAUGUCAUCUGUUUUCACCCUAAGAUUUUGAAGAGUAUUAUUGGACAGCUUGGAUGAGCCAUGAAGAGCAUUAUUUCAUAUGGGAGUUUAUAAAAUAAAGUAAAUCCUAAAAUAAUUUUUAUUCAAAUAUAAGAUUUUAUAAUGAUCAUGAUGAACAUUUAGGAAAAUACAGCUUGUAGAUUAAAAGCAUUAAAAUCCAAUUUUUGUCCUGUGAUAUAAUGCUACAUUUGAAAGUUUCUUGUAUAUCCUAUAUUUGAAAGCUGAAGAUGUACGUUUUGUUCAUGAUUAAAAUCCUAGGAAUUUAAUUUAUAUUAAA